AUGCGAAACUUUCUCUCGACCCCUCUUGCCCUUCGUCUGGCUCUGGGCCUGUUGCUACCUGCCCAGAUUUAUGCUACUGACACUCUCAGCACCGACGGUGUUUCGACGUGUCUGGCAGACUCCGAUAUUCAAGUAACGAAACUGCAGAUAACCUAUUCCCGCUCAACAAGAGAACUCACAUUCGACGUUGCUGGAACGAAUUCGAAGAUCCAGAAUGUUACAGCCACCCUCUCUGUCACCGCAUACGGCAGAGAUGUCUACGACAGAGAGUUCAACCCCUGUGAUGACGACAACUACAUUGCUCAACUUUGCCCCGUCCCGGCCGGCACUUUCUCAGCCGCUGGGUCCCAGGAAAUCCCUGAGGACUAUGCAAGUGAGAUCCCUUCCAUUGCCUUCGCAAUACCCGACCUAGACGGAAUGGCCAAGCUCAAGUUGAAGGCCAAAGACACCGGGGAGGAGGUUGCUUGUAUCCAGUCCAGUCUGACUAAUGGCAAGUCUAUGGAAAUUGCCGGUGUAUCUUAUGCUGCCGCUGGUAUCGCUGGAGCUGCAUUGGCCCUGAGUGGUCUCUCUGCCCUGGGCGCCGCCGGCCACCCUGGCGCCCAUUCGUCUAGCCCGGGAUUCGGAGAUGUUAUGGGCUGGUUCCAUUCUAUGGCCACUAACGGCAUGCUAAGUGUCAGCUACCCUUCUGUCUAUAGCAGCUUCUCGAAGAAUUUUGCAUUUAGCACCGGUCUAAUCCCCUGGGCUGAUAUGCAACACUCGAUCGAUAACUUCCGAAAACUUACCGGUGGCAAUCUUACCUCGGAUAGUUAUGAUUACCUUCAUAAUAUCACCGAUUCCAGUACCUCCGGCAACUCCAGCAGCUCCAGCUCCAAGCGGGGGCUCAAUCUCGUUCUGAGGGCAGGAAAACUGGUGGUUCGCGAGAUCUCCACGUCUGUGAAUGAAACAUCAUCGUCCUCAAGCAACAGUACCAGUAGCUCCACUGAGGAUGGCUUUCAACAAAUUCUCGCUGGAAAUGUGAAAGAUGGAAUUGGCACGGUUUCCAAAGAGUUGACCAUCCCAGCGUCAAACACGUUUAUGACGGUGUUGCUGGUUUUUGCUAUUGUGAUCGCCGCCAUCACUGUCGGGAUCUUGUUUUUGAAGGUCAUUCUUGAGUUGUGGGCGCUGUACGGCUCGUUCCCCAAGAAACUCGCAAACUUCCGCAAGGACUACUGGGGCCUCCUGGCCAGAACGAUCACCAACUUGGUUCUAGUGCUCUAUGGAAUCUGGGUGUUGUAUUGUGUCUAUCAACUGUCAAAUGGGGAUUCCUGGGCGGCCAAGGUUCUCGCCGCCGUAACUCUCGCGCUUUUCACUGCGCUCCUGGUGUUCUUUGGCUUCCGCAUCAUGCACCUAGCUCGCAAGUAUAAGCAAUCCGAAGGGGACAUAUCGUCUUUGUACGAAGAUAGGGAAACUUGGCGCAAGUACAGUCUGUUUUAUGACAGUUACAAAAAGGACUACUGGUGGCUCUUCAUUCCCGCUAUUGUCUACAUGUUUGCCAAAGGAUGUAUCAUCGCCGGUGCCAACGGACAUGGAAUGAUUCAGUCUGCAGGUCAGCUUAUUAUCGAAGCACUCAUGUUGAUUCUUCUGCUCUGGAAUCGUCCAUAUGUGGCCAAGUCGGCCCAAUGGAUCAACAUCACCAUCCAGGUGGUGCGCGUUUUGUCUGUCGCUUGUGUGUUGGUAUUCGUCGAAGAACUCGGUCUUUCCCAGACAACCAAAACCGUCACGGGAAUUGUUCUCAUCGCUGUGCAGUCGGGAUUGAGUGGUCUACUCGCUGUCCUGAUUGCGGUCAAUGCCAUUAUUCUCUGCGUUCGUGAGAACCCUCACGCGAAGAAGAGGAGAGAAGCUAAUAAACUGGACCGCGACAUUGACGAUCUCACUCCCUUGGAUGCACGUGAAUCGCUCCUCAUGGAUCAUCCACCUCGCAAGGAUUUCUCGGAGAUGAGCAAGUUCAAUUUCACAGGACCCUACGAGCCCUACCGCGGCCAACACCCCCUGAACUCAUCUCGGGCCUUUAACACCAGCACAGAGCGGUUGGUAGAUACUGAAUAUCACGACGAUAACCGCCAUGGCCGCAGCAUGAGCCGUGAAAGUGGACACAGCCGUGAAAGUGGACACAGCCGUGAUAGUCGUAGCUCUCCAGAGGGACAUCCCGCAACGACUCCUGGAUAUGGCUUUGCUUACUGA